CUCUCAACAUAAAAUCACAAAACACGACAAUGGCACAACGUCCUAACUUGUUAUCUCAUUUGCAAGAUCUGGUCACCAAAUUUAAAAACAUGACAAUGGCACAAGAUCGGUUCAAGUUCGUUUUCACUGCCAACGAAGCAGCGUUGGAAGGUGUCACCGACCCCAUCAGACUUCCAAAUCUGAUCAGAAAGGCGAUGUGUCUCGCUCGGGCUCCAAUCUCCAAAUACAAAGUCGGAGCCGUUGGACGCGCAUCAUCAGGUCGGGUCUACUUAGGCGUCAAUGUCGACUUCCCAGGUCUUCCUCUUCACCACUCCAUCCACGCCGAGCAAUUCCUCGUUACCAACCUCGCACUCAACUACGAGAAAGACCUCUGUAAGUUAGCCGUCGCCAUCUCUACUGACGGCCUCGAAUUCGGCACACCGUGCGGAAACUGCCUCCAAUUUCUUAUGGAGAUGAGCAACGCGCUUGAUAUGAAAAUCCUGUCCAAACCAAAGCAUGAAGCAGGAUCAUUCUCGAGCCUUAGACUCCUCCUUCCGAACGUCCUCCCGAAAGGUUCCCCUUUCCUUCUCGAGAAGCGCUAUAACUGCCUCACCCUCUCGGGUUCUGCCGGAGAGAUAUGCUCAUUAGAUUGUUCCCAUUUGAAGCGCAGGGCUCUGGCCGCGGCAAACAAUUCGUUCUCGCCGUACACCGAGUCUCCGUCGGGAGUAGCGCUGCUGGAUAACGACGGGAACUGGUACCGUGGAUGGUAUAUUGAAUCAGUGGCGUCGAACCCUAGUUUGGGUCCGGUACAAGCUGCGCUGGUUGAUUUCGUGGCUCGUAGCCGAGGCAAAAUGUUCAAUAAGAUCGUCCAAGCGGUGCUGGUGGAAAAGAAUAACGCGAGCGUGAGUCAAGAGCGCACAGCGAAGAUAAUUUUAGACACUAUAGCUCCGAACUGCGAUUUCAAGGUCUUUCAUUGCUCCGUGGAUUGCGCAAAAAGACUGAAGUAUCUUCGUGAAACCCUGGUGAUAGAUACGUUAGGGGAUUACACUGGUCUUCAUUAUUAAACUAAUUUAUUAUUCUAUCAUAAUUAUGCUUUUUGUUUACUUCUUGGUUUGGUUUGGUUCGUUAAAACCUUUUAGAUUUUUAAUAAUGUCAUAGAAUCAUAAUUACGUUAUGUUUUCUUCUCCGGUUCAUGUUACUUUUAAUUUCAGUGGUGUCAAUAUAUAAUAUAUUCUAAUUAUGUUUU